AUGAUCAACUUGACAACCGGAUCGCACGGACCAGACGGAGGUGUGGCAGAAUUCCAGAAGCAGAGGAAGCACAAGAACACAUACGACAGCGCGUCUGGUCCCACACUUGACCACAGCAAUCCAUCAAGCCAUGAUGGCGAUGAUGACGAAGGUCUAUGCUGUUCUCUGAGCGAAGUGGCGGCUCCGGAACCCGUGCAAAGAAUCUCGCCAGAAGAGCAGACACGUCGGCCCUCUCUUGAGCAACGACUUUCGGAUACGUCGAAAUCAGGACAUGGGACGGAAGACGAUAUCUAUGAGGGUUUGAGCGAGCUUACAGCACCAGAACCAACAGAGGUGUUGUUGGAAAGCGAGAUGGCAAGGUGUCUCUCGCGUGAGCGUAACCUCUCGCGCUAUCAUUAUGAGAACCAAUGA